AUGUUUAAAAUUAUAUUGGCAUUAUGUUGCAUAAGUCUUGGAGUCGCGCUGCCACUGAAUGAAAAGCCACUCAACAUUGACGACUAUCUCGUUCAAUAUGGGUAUCUCACUCCGGCCAAGACACCCUCGGGUGGCACGGGUGUCGCAAGUAGUGAUGCAGACAGACGUCAGGCUAUAAGAGAAUUUCAGGAAUUCAGUGGCCUAAAAGCUACUGGAGAAAUUGAUGAGGCAACGAUUCUCAAAAUGAAACAGCCUCGUUGUGGAGUAGCAGAUAAGCACCUUGUAUCUCUCAAUGGUCCUCAGAAUUUUGUAGCUAUCGGAAAGAAAUGGCCAAAUAAAAUCAUUUCAUGGAAAGUAAAUUCUUACACAGAGCAAUUACCAAAGUCAGAGCAAAGAUCAGCUUUUGAGAACGGGUUAAAAUACUGGUCAGAAGUCACUCCACUCAAAUUCAAAGAAACAACUGGGAAUGCUGACAUAAAAAUAUCAUUUGGUAAAGGCAACCACGGCGAUGGAAAAUACAAUGCUUUUGAUGGCAGAGGCAGCGUACUGGCCCACGCCUUCUUUCCAACCAAUGGAGAAACCCACUUUGAUGAUGAUGAGUUAUGGACGUAUCAGAAAGACGGAACUGAGCUACAAACCGUUUCCGCUCAUGAAUUCGGACACGCUCUUGGACUUAGUCAUUCAAGAGAACCAGAAUCUCUUAUGGCUCCAUUUUACAAAGGCUACGACCCAGACAUGACUUUACAUCAAGAUGAUAUCAACGGGAUCCAAUCUAUUUAUGGAAAACCAGAUGUAUCUAUAAGUACUAGUACCACAACUGAAGUACCCACCACUACAGUAGAAACCAUAAAAACCACGAGAUUUCCGUGCACCAUGAAAGUGGAUGCUGUCACAGAUGGUCCAGAUGGAUACGUGUAUUUUUUCCGGAGGGCAAGUGUUUACAAAAUGGGACCUAAUGGUGUACUUCCGGGAUAUCCUCUUCCCAUUCGAAGUGUUUUUCCGGGAGCCCCAGCAAAAAACGUGGGAUCAGCCUUUCACAUCAGUUCGACAAACCAAACCGUGAUUCUCAAAGGAAACAAGGGUUGGAGUUUCAAAGGUUUUACACUGGAAGAGAGAUUCAACAUAUCUGUUAAGGCGCAAUCAGCCAUUGCCAUAAGAAGGUCCGGGAGUUACACGCAUCAGGUGUACCUAUUUCAGGGUGAAAACUUCUACGAACUGAAUUACAAGACACUAGAACUGGUACCUGGUUUUCCUUUGUCAGUUAAAACAUUCUGGGGAGGAAUGCCAUUAAAUACAGAGGCUGCCAUGCAGCUGGAAGAUAAUAAUUUACUACUCUUCAAGGGAUACAAGUAUUCCAUUUUUGACACUUCUAAUCAAAGAAUCGUUCCCGGAUACCCCAAGUCAAUUGCGCAAGACUGGCUGGGACAAUCCUGUUGA